GACACUGGUGCAGGGGCGUCCUGCAGGGGCGCUGUGUGCCCCUGCAGGACGCACAGUGGACCCGCCCACCCCGCAGCCAUGGCCGCCGCCUGCAGAAAACAAAGUGCGCAGUAGAACGACGCGGCAGAGGGGGGGCUCUUCACGGAGCAGUAAACAACCAUCAAAGUGAAAUAGUACCUCUUACUCUCCACCAACAAAACAUGACAGCCACUGUUAUAUCUCCUUUCCUGGAAUACGGAGAAGUCUCCAACAAGAACAAGAAGAUGUUGAACUACAGCAGCAACAAUAGUCUUGGUGGAACUCAGCUGACGUCUGCCACAUGCUCCAGUGCCAACCACUCCUGCACCCCCACUGAGUCUUUGCUGGACAGGAAGGUGGUAGAGGCCCCCUCUCCAGUAGGCCUUUUCCAGCGCCGUCACUCAGUCAGCCUCCCUAGUACGAAGUUCAUUCAGAAUCAGUUUGUCAACAGCCUUAAAAUGGAUCCCUCAGUGUUGCUCGGAAACAGCUGCAGCGGCAACAAUAAGGAGAACCAUUUUCGUGAGCGCUCUUACUCAGAGGUUGGGGACAGGCUGCAGCCAGGUAAUCAAGUGUGUGUGGGCGUAAGUAGCCAAGUCAACACUAGCCGUUAUAAAACAGAGUUGUGCCGACCCUUUGAGGAGAACGGCUCCUGCAAGUACGGAGAUAAGUGCCAGUUUGCCCAUGGCUUGCAUGAGCUGCGCUGCCUCAGCCGUCACCCAAAGUACAAGACUGAGCUGUGCCGCACCUUCCACACAAUUGGUUUCUGCCCAUACGGCCCUCGCUGCCACUUCAUUCACAAUGCAGAGGAGCGCCGUGGGCCCCCUCCCCUCUCUGCUUUCAACAAGAUGGUUCGCCCUCGGCUGCAACACAGCUUCAGCUUCGCUGGCUUCCCCAGCUCAGGCGGCUUGGAGGAUAGCCCUACCUCAGUCACACCUCCACCAGUGUUCUCCACUGAAAACCUGACGGUGUUGCAGAGCAACCCCUUGACCUACUCAAGCCAGGAGCUUACUAGCCUGUUUGGUCCAAGCUUGGAGCACCCACUUCCAUGUGACCCUCAAGGUCUGUUCCCCCCUUCUCCAACCACUCCCUGCUUUUUUCAACCCACAUCAGAGAGCCCCCCUAUUCCCCCCGACUCUCUGUCUGACCAAGAGGGGUACCAGAGCAGCAUGGGCAGCCAGAGUGGCUCUGAGUCCCCCCUUCUGGAUGCCUCGCGGCGUCUUCCCAUCUUCAGCAGGCUUUCCAUCUCUGAUGAUUAAGGUGCACCCCGGCAUUCUUUGAUCUGAGGGAGAGCAGGAGGGACAGAACGGGGAAGAUUGUGACCAUCAACCUCAAUAAUUCCCUCCUCCUCCUCUCAGCCUUGUUUACAGGAGUUGGAGAACAUCGGAUGCCUUCUCAUUUCAGGAUUGUCUCUCCUUUAAGGACCCCACCAAACACUGAUCAAGUCUCAUCAACGUGAUGAACAGUUGGUACACCAGAAUCAUCUUCAUGUACAGGCCCUGCAUUGGGGUCAUGAUGACUUGAAUGUGAAUGAUUUUGAAAAGAAGAGGUCAAAAUAUAAAGUAGUUAGUAGUUUGUGUGUUCAUUGUCCAGUAUAAGGUUUUUACCUGUGCUGCAAUCUUUACACCUCAUUGCUUAUCACAGCUCAGUGAUUUUUAGUUACCACAAAGUGAACGGGAGAACGUUUCUCAAUUAGUCUUCUCUUCUGGUCGUGUCCAGCUUCUUGUGCCUUGCCGACUUGGAUUAUAAUGUGCCUUGUUUCACUGAGCUGGUGGUCACUUACCAUUCUCUGGGGGUUUUGAGUGCACAAAGUCUUUGAACAGUAUUUAUUCGAAUUUGUGAAGUCAAGGGUUGAAUUAAAGGGUAGUUUCGCCCAAAUUACAAGAAAUAUUCUUUCACUGCCCUUAUUUAUACUUACUUGUGUAGUCAAGGUUUUCUUUUUCCAGUCUCUGAGAUUACAGCCUCCAUCCCAAAACAUUGACGAUGAGUGGAAUUUAGUUUAUGUUCAAAUAAUUCAAAUAGAUUUUCAUAAGAUCAACAGCAGCAUCUCUGAACUAGUAUCUCUGGAUCAGCCACAGAAAACACUGGAGGCUGUUUUCUCACAAACUAGUCUUUUUGUUAAAAGUCGGUUCUAUUGACUUCUGUUCUCACUGAAGUCUCUCUGAAAAAAGUCAACACUUAAGCAAUGGUAAGAGAGAGAAUGUAUUUUCUUUGGUAGUUUGGGCGACCUGCCAGCCGUUGACAGGUUCCUGCUAUUUAUUUGCCACUUCAGAGUCAGAGUUCAAACUCUGCUGCAAAGUUAAUAUCAUCAACUCUCAAUAGUUGAGCUUUUUCAAUCCCACACCUUUCCAAUCCCCGUCAGAUCAGUUCUGUGUCUGAGGUGAUAUGUUUGACAGCUGUCUGAAAUCAGGUGAACCUGAAUGCUUCUGUUGAUUCCACCAUGUUCAAUUAUUAUUAUUAUUAUUAUGAUGGUCAUGUUAUUUUCUAGUUUGUUUCUCAGAGUCUUUAGUGUUGGGGCUCUGGUCAUCACUGCUUAUUUAUCAAAAUGUAUUUAUUGCUAAUCUUAAGCAUUUUUUAUUUUGUAUUUAUCUGGUUAAUUAAACAAUAGAAUAUAUAUUUUCUUUUAUGUUAAAUUAUGAUCUUCCUUAUCAAUCAUAGGAUGACUGUUUAUUUGUAUUCACAGUUAAUAUAUUAUUCUGCAAUGACUUUUUUUCUUAACACUUGAUUUAUUUUGAACCUGAAUCUUAAUUUAAAACACAAAGGUUUAGCAUUUGUAUUUAUUUUCAGUUCUUUCCACAUGCACCAUCAGUUUGAGUUUCUUUGUGGCAAUCUGAAGGCAUAGGACGAACGCAUUGGAAGAAUGCAUUGGAAAUGCCCAAGUUAAUACCCAAGUGCAAGCUGUAUGCCUAACUACAAACAUUGUCUUUUCAUUAUAGGGGUAAAAAUCUGUUGCUGCCAUUAUCAUUUUCAAGUGAUGAGAGAAGCCAACACAAUAGUUAACAACUAAUUGGAUAACAAGGGUAGAGUCAUAGUUUCUUAUGGUCUGGACAAAGUAUGAAUGCACUUAGGGUGCGGGUGGUGUUGGUUUUACAAGGUUUUUCCAGCCAACAUUCACAAUAUGUGCCUCUAUCACAGCUGCUGGAGACCCCAAUAUUAUGUGUGUCUGUGUGUGUAUGUCUGUCAGUUCCAGGGUAAUGGUCCUAAUUAGGUGUAGGUUUAUGGGCUGGAGAAUGCAUUAUCUCAAUGAGCGUGUGUGUGUGCGUUUUCUGCCUCUGUGUCUAAGGCCUGUACUCUGGAGCAGGAUUAGUGUUCAGUGACGUAACUUCAGGUUUUGACCCUUGGUAAAUAGUCAUGGUAAUUUGUGCUGCACAGCUACUUUGAGAUAACCGCUCAGCAUUUAUAUAAGUGUAGCCGGACCAAUCCGUUCUCUAGGAAAAUUGAGUCACUACACACUAUUUAUUUAUUUGACACCUGGGACUGCAGCUAAAAGAAUAGACUUAAAACUGUCAUACAAACCCUGUGAAUUAAUCUAAUCAAACAUUCAUUUAAUGGAAUACAUAAAUGUAUUCAGCCAGUUCUUCUGGUGCUGUAAUGAUGAACAAUAUUAUCAGCUUAUUAACCUGCACAUUCACACAGUCUGGUUUUCCUUCUUUCUACUCCUGUUUCCCCGUCACUGUCUUAACAUGCAGGGUGUAUUUUUGUCAGAGCACCUAAUGGCUCUGAGAUGUUAAAUUCACU